AUGAAGGUCUCCAACUUUAUUUCUCUCUAUAAUCCGCGGCUGUCACUGCUACUGCUGCUGCUGCUGUUGCUUCUUUUGUGUUACGCCGCUGAUAUUAGUGAUGCUGCUCUACAGCCAGCUGUGGCGCUAUUUGAUAGUGAGCAUACUCAGAUUUUAUCCGUUACAAAAUGGCGUGAGAUUGACUUUGGUGUACGGAGUAGCAUAGGUCAUGGUAAGCGGCCAGCGAAGGUGUUUGCCCUUCAGACAACCAUUGGCAUUUCUGGAAACAUGAAAACUGUAGCUGAUUCAAGAGGUGCAAGAGAUUUGUUUUUGAUUCCUUACUGUUCUCUAUCCAGUGACACUGCGUCUACUGGGAAUAUCAAUUCUUGCUCACUGGAUGAUUAUGAAGGGUAUAUAUUACUGCGUUUUCGUGGUGGAUGGGAAGGAGUUUUUGCAGCAUCACUCUGGCGGGACUCAACUAUGAAUUCAAAUGUUAUGUCUGCCGUUCAUUUUUUCAAGGCCAUCGCCAAUGAUAGUAGUUUGACCUUCCCAUUUGAUUUGGAACGAUCAAGUUCAAAGGUUUCCUCAGCUCUUUCCCGUCGGUAUGAGCUCUCUGAGAAUUGUGGUGAUUUCACAGAUGAAUGCUUUCAAGGCCGCUACAUGACCUAUACAACGAGUUUUAAGGAAAUACCAUUAGAUAGAUUUACUGGGAGAAUGAUAUUUCAUGUGGGUGUAGAAGGUGGUUGGAAUGGGCCGUGGACUCUACGACUACAAAGCACGAUGCUUCAUGACUCCUCUACGUAUGUUGACAUUGUUAUGGUUUUGGUGGACAAAAAUGGACCCCUUAAAUGGUAUUUAUGGUUAAAUUCAACUUUUUUGGGAAAUGUGCUGCUGGUAGUUUUCUGCUUAGUGUGGGUGCUCUGUUUUAUAGUGGGAGUUAAGGAAUUAGGUAUGCGGCUUUCAGUAUUGGUUCCACUGAACGAACGCUAUGUCACUGUUCUAUAUGAAGAUAUUGAUGAUGAUGAUCAUCAGUGCAUCUCUCUCUACCGCAUCAUGCUCGCAACGCAGGAGAUAUUUUUAAAAAUUCUUAAUCAGUUAUUUUUGUUACAAUGCGCAUUUUUGAAUCGUCUCCAGUGUUGUUGUUCAUGGCGCUGGGGACAGCGACGACGACGAUGGAUGCAUGAUUUCACACAACCAAACUCUGAAGAUGUGGUGGUGGAGAAUGCAAACAAUGAAACUGGUUCACGUGAGGUAGAAAUGGAAAAUGUCGCUUUAAACCCUAGUAGCAGUGGCACGAAUAAGAACAAUAAUAACGAUCAAACGCAUGAAGAAGAGGGAAUACAACAAAGAGAAGAAAGAGGGGAGCGAGAAAACGACGACGACGAUGAUGAUGAUGAUGAUGAGAUUUUAUGCCGUAUAUGCCGUUGCUCCAAACCUGUGGAAGAGUUAUUUGCGCCUUGUUCUUGUGAUGGAUCUUCCAAGUAUGUUCAUAAAAGUUGUUUAGAAAAGUGGCGUACUAUGACUUCAAAUGAGGAACAUAAAAGAGUUUGUGCAGAGUGUAAAACACCCUAUGUUUUGAUGUUAGAAAGGAUUCCAGUAUCACCUGAUGAAUUUCUUAAUAGUCCGAUAUGUGUACCAGCAUGUCGAGCGUUCGUUUCGCGUGCCGCCAUGAUGCUGCUAUUUGUGCUUCUUCUAUGGAUUGGUGGUUAUUACUUAAAAUUCUGCAUGUAUCUUGUUACUGGACUUGAUGAUGGAGUUAUAUGGUCUUCUGCACACCUUUAUCAUUGGGUUCUGGGGCUGUACUAUAUAAUUGCACUCUGUCUCAAUAUGCAUGCUCUCGAGUAUGUUUUACGCGAUUUUUCUGAAUCGUGGCAGCAGAUGCUAAUUCUUCUUAUUUCUGUAGCUGUUGUUGAGAUUCCUCUCAGUUACGUAGGACAAAUAGUAUUGUCGUGGUUGCUAAAUAGGUCAUGGUCAUUUGAGGUAUCAUAUGGAUUAGGCAUAAUGGUCACAGCUGUCUUAUACGUUGAGGUACUUCCUCACUUAUACGAGCAUUUACAAUCUCUUUUAACAGUACGUGUUGUGGUUGCUCCUCGUACAGAAAGUGUACGAAAUAGGGAAAUUCUGUAA